AUGAUCGCCACCGGUGGCCUCCUGAGGAUUUCCGCCAGAAAGCAGGAUCCCCUCCGCCCCCCAACCCAGGUCCCCAAGCGCAAGCGGAAAGCCAAGAAAAGGCGCAAGGAUGAUGUAGUGGUGGUGAAAGGCAAACUAAAGCUGUGCUCCAUCUCGGGGCUCAUUGCCCUCUGCGGGAUCCUGGUGCUGCUGGUGGGCAUAGCCAUGGCGGUGGUGGGCUACUGGCCCAAGGCCAACGGGACCAACAGGGAAGGGGGUAAGCAGCUGCCGGCCGCAGGCAGCGGCCACCGCGUCCCGACCACGGCCAAUAGCGGCGGCAAUGGCAGCAAAAACCGGUCCAGGAGCCACCUGGGGACUCCGGGGGGUGUCAACUCUAGUUUGAUGGGCGCGCCCCGGAGCACACCUCCAGCGCGGCCCGCCGGCCCUUCGUCCUCUUCCACGUCUGUGGGUUUCUUCUUCCGCAUCUUCUCCGGAUACCUGCACUCUGACAAACUCAAGGUCUUCGGGCCCCUCACCAUGGGCAUCGGCAUCUUCCUCUUCAUCUGCGCCAACGCGGUGCUCCACGAGAACCGAGACAAGAAGACCAAGAUCAUCAACCUGCGUGACCUCUACUCCACGGUCAUCGACGUGCACAGCCUCCGCGCCAAAGACCUGGCGGCUGCCGCGGCUGCGGCGGCCGCCGCCGCCUCCUCGUCCUCCGCCCCCGCCUCGGCGCCCCCCGGAGCCCCGCCGCUCAACGGCUUCCUCAGCUACGUGCAGUCGCGGGGCCUGGAGCUGAAGCCCGGGAGCUGCGGCGGCAGCGCGGGGGACGCCUUCGGGGCGGCGGUGCCGGCCAGGGGCUCCUGGCCCCACCCCGCCGUGCUGGGCGGGGGCGGCGGCGGGGCCAAGGGCGCCGCGUCCCCGCCGGACCUGGUCUCGUCCCCGCGCUGCUCGCGGGAGCCCCCGAAGCUGGCGGAGGCCGCGUACAGCAUCUACCGCGAGCGCUCGGGCGUGGCCAGCCGUCGCCGGGCCGCCGCCGCUGCCGCCGCCGCUGUGGCCGCUGCCGCCGCCGCCACCACCGCGGUCGCCAGCCGCAGCAGCAGCCCGGCGCCCUGCAGCCCACCCGAGAGCUGGGGGCGCCAGAGCACCGCCAGCUCCCUCGUGGGCUCCUCGCUGAGCGCCUUCGCGCUACUACCCUUGCAAGGAGACCGCGACGGGGACCGGGAUGGGGACGCGGAGGGCGCGAGCUGCAGCUGGCAGAGGCCGCCUGGGGAACGUGGCUCCCGGGAGAUCCCGCGGGGCGAGCUCGACCUGAGCUUGACCGACCUCCGCAGUGCCCCGGGCGGCUCGCGCUGGGCGCCCAGCGAGCUGGAGGAGCCCGAGGGCGCAGCGGCGGCGCGCACCGCCAGGGGGCAGGGUGGCCGCCUGCCCAGGACCGGCAGGUACGCGGCCCUGCGGCGCCGCAGCACCAGCGGGCUCCCAGACUACCGGGCGCCACCGUCCCCCGAGCCCCCACCCUCUCCGCGCAGCGCGGAGCUGGACUCGAGCCUUCUGGCCAAAGCUGCCUCCCCCUCCCCGCCCCUGCGGCUGGAGGAGUCACCCCCAGCCAGGCCGGACUCGCCGAGCUCCCAGUCGAAUGACCCAUCCUGCUGCAAUAGGGGCUACACCCCGCUGCGGGAGGCUGGCACCUCUUUGGAGUCGGUUGUGGAAACAGUAGCCCGUGAAAGGCCAGACUGUGAGGCCGCCACGGCCCCGGGGGCGCAGCAGAGCCCCCCGGAGGAUCCCAGCCAAGGGUCACCACCCGCGGCCCGGCCACCUCAGCUGGUGCAGAGGCAGUUUACAAACAAGGAGAAACUCUUCAUGAUUUCCCGGUCUCACGCAAUAGGGGUAGAGGAUGGAGAACUGGAAAGUACUGGCAUUUAG